AAAUUUGUCAUUUUUCCUCAUAAGAAGCGAAGCGAAAUCUUUCAUUCUUAUUUUUUCAAUUCACUAAAAGAAUAUUCUAGGUUCCGAAAGUUAAAGAAUAAACAAAACGGUUACUUAUCAACUACAUAUAGAACUAAAACAGUGCAAAAUUAUUGCUAGAAAUAUAUUCAGAGAGAUUUAAUUACAAACAAUGGUGGACUAUAGCAAGUGGAAAGAUAUUGAGAUUUCUGAUGAUGAAGACGAGACCCACCCGAAUAUCGAUACCCCAUCGUUAUUUAGGUGGCGACACCAGGCCCGUGUGGAGCGCAUGGAGGAGCGCCGCCGAGAGAAACAAGAACAUGAACAAAGAAAGUCUGAAAACAUUAGAAAAUUGGCAGAAAUUAGAAGGAAAAUAUCUGAAAAUGCUGAAGGACCCAACUUAGAUACUCUGAAGAAGGAAUUGGCUCAACUAGAAAAGGAGGAAAAAGAAAUUAAAAAGAAAGAAGAUGACUUGAAAAAGAAGGAGAAGCUAACACCCUGGAACGUAGAUACAAUAAGUGAACCAGGUUUCACAAAAACAGUUAUAAACACAAAACCUGCCAGGCCCAAAGAUGAAGACUUAAGCGAAGAAGAAAAAGAGGCUAAAAUGAAGAAGUUUAUUAAAGAGAAUGAAAAACUAUUAAAACAAUAUGGCAUGUUGAGAAAAUAUGAGGACUCUAAAAAAUUUUUACAAGAGCAUAAUCACUUAGUCUGUGAGGAAACAGCUAACUAUCUUGUAAUAUGGUGUAUUAACUUAGAAAUGGAAGAGAAACAUGAUUUGAUGGCCCAUGUGUCCCAUCAAGUGAUCUGUAUGCAGUAUAUGCUGGAACUUUCUAAGCAACUAGAUGUGGACCCCAGAGCUUGCAUUGGUUCAUUCUUUAACAGGAUUCAAGAAGCUGAAAAGACAUAUAAAGAUUCAUUUGAUGAUGAACUAGAGCAAUUCAAGGCAAGGAUCAGAAAACGGGCUGCAGAAAAGAUACAGGAAGCUGUCCGUGAAGCUGAGGAAGAAGAAAGAAAGGCAAGACUUGGACCAGGUGGCCUAGAUCCACUUGAGGUUAUGGAAGAACUUCCACCUGAACUGAAAGAAUGUUUUGAAAAGAAGGACAUCCCAUUACUACAGGCUACCAUUGCUAAGAUGCCUGAACAAGAAGCAAUUUACUACAUGAAGCGAUGUAUAGACUCUGGCUUGUGGGUGCCUGGAGGUGGUGAUGAUUCUGAACCAUCUACAGCUACAUCAGAACCUGAAGAAAAUGCAGCCCCUUCCGUUAGCACUGAAGAUUUAGACUGAGAUUCAAAACAAUGUAUUUAUUAUUUGAUAUAAGUAAUUAAAAAUUACCUCAUGAGUAAGAUCGUGAUUCAGAGGAAAACCUAUGAAAUGGAAUCUAUAUUUAGACCACCUGAAUGGCCAUUUGCUUCCUUAUUGAUACUUGCACUUUGCCAUGUUCAUUUCUACAAUAUAACAUAGGAAGCCUACAAACUAUUAAAUCUAAUUAUUUUAAGUUACUCCAUUUAAUACUAAUGUAAUAAGAGUAUGACAGCAUGCUACUUUAUUAACUAAUAUACUUAUAUGUUCAAUUGUAUUGUCAUCAUAUCAAUUUUGUAAUAAUAAAAUCAAAAUUGUGAGUAAUUUUUUUAGCCACAUGUAAAAGUGCAUUUUAAUUAAUAAUUAUAGUUAAAAUUCUGAUAACUAUUAUUUUUAGGACAUUAAUAGAACCUUUUCUUUUUAUGAAAUAAGUUAUCAGAAUGUUUAAAGCCCAUAUUUACAUGUGACUAAAUAUACGAAAGGUGAUGACUGAUGGAAGAGAUAUUUUGCUCGAUGAAAAUAUAAAAACUAGUACCUAA